GCAGCACAGCGUGCGGCUCCGGGACAGGGACACGCGUGGCUUGGGAUCCCCGGGUGGGUGCGAGCAGGGGGCGCUGCCCCGCCGGCCCCUCCUGGGCAGGGGGUCCCUGUCCCACCCUGCGCCGCUGCCCCCGGAGCGGGCCCGACCCCGCAGCCCGGGCACGCCGCGCUCCCCUCCGCGCCCGGGGGGGCCGGGGCUGCCUCCCCCGCGGGGCCGGGGCUGGGCCGGCGGCGGUGCCGUGUCCCGUCCCCCCCCCGUCCGCCGGGCCCGUCCCCUCCCACCGUGGAGCCAAGUUCAAACCGCGGGCCCCGGCGCAGCGGGACGGGGCCGGACCGGGCUCCCCGGGGCCGCCGCAGGGGCCGCGCCCGCGGGGCUCCAUGAUUCUUCCCCGGGUGCUGUCCUGUGCUGUUCUGCUGCUCCUGCUUGUGGCCGUGCUGGGCAGAGGCAGGAGGUGCAGCAUCGCCAAAAUCCUCCGGCAGUACCGCGCCGUCAUCUUCCAUGAGCUCCAGAACCUGAGAAACCUGACUGGCUCGGUGUACAGGAGCGGGAGGGCUGGGCCCGCCUGUCGCUCGGACAAGGACCACAAGAUCCUGCUGUCCAUCUACAACAUCAGCAUGUCCCUGCGGGAGGUGGGGCCCCUGCAGGGCCCUGAGGAGCUGGCGGUCUGGAGGGUGGCCAGGAACACCAACUUUGUGCUCCGGGAGAACUGCAGGAAAAUCAGCAAGAGCCCACCCCGCCCGGCCCCGGCACUGCCCCGGCGCGGGGCUCCCGGCCGCGGGAGGAGGCAGCGGCUGCGGGAGAUCGGCAGGAGGGCGGAGAGGCUGGCGACCUGCUGGGAGAAGCUCAAUGCCCUGCACGCACCCCGCCGAGAGCCCUGGGACUCGUAGGAACGCCCUCGCAGCCCGCCGGGGAUGUGCUGCUGCAGCACCGGGGCUGCCUGUGCCUCGUUUGGGACCCUGGGACAAACUCAGCCCUGAGGGCACAAGGGCUGCUGCCAGCAGAUGCCCAAGCUGAAUUCAUCCUCCUGCUCCAAGCGGUGCCCAGGGAGCGGAUCCACCACCCGUGGCUGGGGCUGGCAGGUUGGUUUGCUGGGGGAUGGCUGUGGCAGAAACCUGGAACACCAGAAACACUGGGAAGAAGAAGGGAAGGAACCAAAAACAGAGGGUGAGGUGUGGAUUCUUAGUUGCUCCUGGCCCUGCAGCACCUGCUGCUCUCUUGAGGACAAUGGGUGUGUUUGGGGGCAGAAAGAGAACAUGUGGCUCUGGGGGCUCUGCUGGAAGUGAGGCCACAGUGCAUCUGCAAGGCUCUGAGGUCACUGGGGCUGUGGAUGGGGACACGUGUCCCUGAGGCACUGCUGGCAUCUGCAGAGCAGCUGGGCACCCACAGCGGACGGGGAAGUAAAGGUGCAUCACUGGGCACCUGGGGAAGCCUGGGGAGUUCCGAUAUCCAAAAAUCCCAGGCAAGUGUGGGGGCUUGAGGCCAGGCUCAGCCUCGGUGACAGGCAGCACUGUGGAGGGACCUGGCUGCUCGGCACUGUGGGUGCCCCAGAGGGGGGGAAUGGUGGGGUGUGGGGUGAGGUGACGUGAAGGGCAUCCUCCCUUGUCACUGCGCUCUGCCAGCACCCCGUCUGUGGUCUCCACUGCUCUGUUGGGUGGCAAACAGCCUCUGGGAAGCCAGAAA